CAAAUGUCGCAGCGGAAUUGUUGAUACCAAAUGCGAUUCACGGCGAAACGGUUAUUUCGGAAUUCUCCACUCCCCACGUUCGAUCGGAAUGGCAAAAUGCUAGUCCACCUGCUGAUCGUCGUUUCGCUCCUGGAAGCCAUUGGCGCCUUUCAGCCGGAGUUCGUGGAGAGCAUUUCCAACGUGUCCGUGGCCGUCGGACGCGAUGCAACCUUCACGUGUCACGUGCGACGUUUGGGCGGCUAUCGGGUGGGCUGGCUCAAGGCCGACACCAAGGCCAUCCAGGCCAUUCACGAGAACGUGAUCACGCACAAUCCCCGUGUCACGGUCAGUCAUUUGGACCAGAACACGUGGAAUCUGCACAUUAAAGCGGUUUCCGAGGAAGAUCGCGGUGGUUACAUGUGCCAACUGAACACGGAUCCCAUGAAAAGCCAGAUUGGCUUCCUGGACGUCGUGAUUCCGCCGGACUUCAUCAGCGAGGACACCUCCUCGGAUGUGAUUGUGCCGGAGGGCAGUUCCGUGCGACUGACAUGUCGGGCCCGUGGCUAUCCGGAACCGAUUGUCACCUGGCGACGAGAGGACGGCAACGAGAUUGUCCUGAAGGACAAUGUGGGCACCAAGACCCUGGCCCCCUCGUUUCGCGGCGAGGUGCUGAAGCUGUCAAAGAUCUCGAGGAACGAGAUGGGCUCCUAUCUGUGCAUCGCCUCCAAUGGAGUGCCCCCAUCGGUUUCAAAGCGCAUCUCCCUCAGCAUACACUUUCAUCCGGUCAUCCAAGUGCCGAAUCAAUUAGUCGGCGCACCACUUGGCACUGAUGUCCAAAUCGAGUGUCACGUCGAGGCCUCGCCCAAAUCAAUUAACUACUGGAUUAAGGACACGGGAGAGAUGAUUGUGACAUCGGGCAAGUACCAUGUGCAGGAGAGUUCACAGUCCAUGUACGAGACCAAAAUGUCAAUGAUAGUCAGGAAGUUCCAGAAGGACGAUGUCGGAUCCUAUCGCUGCAUAGCCAAAAACUCACUGGGCGAAGUCGACAGCAGUAUCCGUUUAUACGAAAUCCCCGGACCGAAUCGUAAUAAAAAUCCGCUGAACGGCAGCGGAAAAGGUGGCGGAGGUGGUGGCGGCGGAGGGGCGGGCGGAAGCCUGGAUGCGGAUGCCAAUGACAUUUUGAAGCAGAAACAACAAGUCAAAGUCACCUACCAGCCGGAGGACGAGGAGCUGCAGUACGGAUCCGCCGAGGAUUUCGAGGCGGAGGGCGAGGGCGGGCUGACACCGUUAUCGCCACACGUUUACUACACCAGCGGCAAUAAACCGGCCACACAUAAGCCGGGCAACUCCGGCGGCAAUCAGCAUCAGCAUCAACAUCAGCAGCAUCACCAUCACCACCACCACCAGCAGCACGGCGGGGCGGGUGGUGGGGGCCCGGGUCAGCCAGGUGGCGGUGGGUCGGGGUCACCAGGUGGUGGCGAAAUGGGCGGCAUCACCCGCAAGCCGCCGCCAUAUUACGGCGGCAAUACGGAAGUGCGCGGCCCCAUCGACAACAACGAAAUGAGCUCCGGCUCCGGCGAUUCGCGACCACUGCGUCGGGGUCACCACCUGCCCCAGCUCCUCCUCUCCCUCUCCCUCCCCCUCUCCAUCCUGCUCAUCCUGCCCAGGAGUUGGCACUGUCGACAGCCGUUCUUAAUGGGCUUGUCGACCCUGUCCGGCCUUCUGCUCAGCCUUUUAUAAUACGCAGUCUAAUGGACUCACCAGCACAUUCCGCAGCAGACUCAACAACACACGGAUGCAACGAAGGAAAAAUGGGUCUGAAGGGGCCCACAAAAAGACAUUCAUCGAGCACACCUACUCUCAACCGAAGUGUGUAAUACUCAGUCUAAUGAUAUCCACAAUACUUUCACCAACCCAGAAACACAAAUGUUGGAGUGCCUAAAUAGCUUCAACAACAAAAAACAACUUACAUAUUGAGGUUUGUAGUUCUUUGUCCAAAGGACCCUGCAAAUCUUCAACAACACUUUCACCAGCAGUCUGCAAAACACAAACUCCCAGUCAGAGAGAAAAGUCCAAGGGACUAAGUAUUCACCAAAGAUUCAACAACAUUUUCACCAAACACUCAACAACACUUUCACCAACAGUCUCUCAAUCAGGCUACGCAAAUGGUUUAGUAUGUAACAGUCCAAGGGACUAAACAUUCACCAGACAUUCAAAAACUAUUUCACCUUACACACAACCACACUUUUACCAACAAAUGUUUCAGUGUGUCGAACCUCUAAGGGACUGAGCAUUCACCAAAAAUUCAACAACACUUUCACCAAUGGUCUCUAGAACACGUACUCUCAACCAUUAGGAGACCCAAACAUUAAACACACAUGUUGUAGUAGCAAAUGUUAAAUUGUUUAUAACAUAAAUGAAAAACAGAAAAAAAACAAGGAUGGUGUUGGGAGGCAUCCAAAAAUAGUGAAUGUAUUUAACGCAAGAAUUUCUAGUGUUACCGAAACAUUUUUAAGGGGGUUGCGUAAUAAAGUAAUCAAAGCUAGCCAAAGGUUAAGCGGUACCCAAAAGCAUUUACAGUGUAUCGAGCACUGAGAUAAAGUAAAGGCCAUUUGAAACAACUGUAAUUUUUUUUCAUAGCAUAAGAUAACUCUGAUUCCAUCGAAGGAAAACACUUGAUAUUUAUUGCUUUCAAGUCUACAACUUCCGGUCUAUUUGUUAUUAAUCAACCCUUUCGGCAGCCAACUUUUUGUUGAUUUUCUCAUUUAAAUUUAGGCGGCUGGCACACCUUUUUUUUAACCAAUUUCCAAUUUCCCAAACCGAUUUACAAAACUUUCGAAAGGUCAAUUAACAUGGAAAAGUAACACAAAAACAAAGGAAAACUUUUUUGAUUUGUAGGAAAAAUGAUUUCUUUUACUUUUCGCUUGUUAUUCGUUAAUUUGGGCUACUUUUGACUGACUUUUGUUCAUUUGUUCAACUUUGAUUGACACUUGUGAGGUUCUGGAAGAGGGUGGGACCUUAUAAUAAAUAGACUUUGAGACCUUUUUUAAUUUAUUUUGUUGUGAGGAGAUUUGUUAAUUGUGUUGCUGCUCUGCCUUUAAAUGUAAUUAAAUUUCUUAUUUUUAUGCAAAUGAUUUGCACACAAGCUGCGAUGCCUUUUAACCCCUAUCCCUGUCAUAUGCUGCCCUUAACCCCUGUUUUACCAACUAUUUCUUGGUGUAUGCCAAAACUUUUGGUUUCUUGUUGUCUUAUUUUUCAAGUCCUUGCAGCGGAGUGCUUUAUUUUUUGUUUUAUUAUUUUUUUUUUGUGGCAACGUCUUGUGUGUGUGUUUUUUUUUGUUUUUUGCAAAUGUGUGUAUGGCAGCUGUGGGGCACAAGUUGUGGACACAGAAAACUCUCGGCUCCCAUCUGCGUUGCAUUUGCUUUUGAUGAAUUACUUGCAUGUCAGUUAACCACACACACACACACACACAUAUCGCACACCCACACAGCCACGUUUUUAAUGAAAUGAAAACUUUUUGGCAAAGUGAAUUUCAUUGUAAGCAGCCCCCGAACCUUCAAACCCCAAACAAUCCUCUGGCAGAACUUAAAACUAAAAUGAAAUAAAAAAAAACGACGAAGACAGCUACAAAUAUACAAAACCGCCAAAAGCUGCCACUGAUGAUGAUAAUAAGACGCUGACAACCGCAGCAACAGCAACAUGAACACAGCAGCAGCAGCAACAGCAAUAGCAACAGCAGCAACCCAAAGAAACAUGUCACCAGCAGGGGCUUUAGUGGGUUAACAGAGGGGGUCAAAGGGGGCCAGAGGGGGGCCAAAAUGUGGGGGAGUUUUAGCCACGUUGACACAAGUGUUUCAAAUUACACAGGCCCCCAAGAAAAGGAAGCCAAGCAGCAACGUACAACAUCGAGAACUAGUCAACCGGCAGCAACACUUUUCCUGAUGUUGCAAGUUGCUGCUGUGCAAGUUGAUGUUGCUGCAGUUGCUGCCGCCAUUGUCCAUUGAUAAUGUUGUUGCUGCUCGUGUUAAUGUUGAUGUUGCUUGUUUGUCAGUCACCUCAUGUUGCCACAUGAAAGCUCUGCUAAGCGCUUACAAUUUCUUUUAGUACUUAAAAUAUUAAAGAUUCAUGCUUCAUAUUAAUCAUAUUAAUUUAUUUGAAGCUGAUUUUAUCCUUUUCAAAAUCUUACAAUGUAUUAAGAGAGGUCGAAGUAUGUUCUCUAAUUAAACAUUUCUAAAUUCCCGCUCCAUUUCGGUGGGGUUAUUUCUAUUACCAUUGCAGUUUGUGCCACUUUGGCUAAUUCUAAGGGUGAUGUUGCUGCGGGGAUGUUGCUGCUGCCACUGAAGUUGCUGCUGCUCACAUCACUCCCAUUGUUGCUGUUGCAGCAGCUUCUUUUGUUGUUAUCCUUGCCACACACAUUUGCCGCCUUUAAAAUCGCGCAUCCUUUGUUGUCCUUUGUUGUAUUGCGUAAAUAGCACAACAAAUAUAAAUACACAGCAGCAAUAUUGCCAGACAAACAUGCACAAAAGGACAAUCACACAGGGAGAAAAGUUUUAUAGUUGUAAUUAAUAGAAGUG